AUGGGAAGCGACAAUGGCGAACCGGAACUGCUCUGGCAGCCUCCCAAAGGCAAGACGAUGCCCAUGGAUAAGUAUCGGUUACACGUAAAUGAAAAGUACAGGCAAGACUUGAAAGACACAAAAGACCUGCAAAGAUGGUCUGUUACUCAGCCUCAUGAUUUCUGGAUCGAUUUAUACGGAUAUCUGGAGCUCGCUCCCCCAUUACCGAGAACGUUGAAGCACGCAUACGAUGAUACCGUCCCAAUGAGCAGCGUCCCACCAUUUUUCCUUGGGCAUGAUAUCAACUAUGCCGAAAACAUACUCUUUGCUAACGACAACCCGAAUGCCGUUGCGUUGAUCGGGAUAAGGGAAGGGCAGGACAUUUACAACGAUAAGGCGGAGGUCGUUACGUGGGCCGAAUUCCGAGAAAAGGCCCGGCAGGUUGCCAGCGCUCUCCGACGAUGUGGUAUCAAGAAGGGCGACCGCGUCGGCGCCCUGGUGGCGACGUCCAGCUGGGCUGUCAUCCUCUUCCACGCCGCAGCCUCCAUCGGAGCAAUCUUCACCUCCAUCAGCCCCGAGCUAGGGGUGGACGGGUGUGUCUCGCGACUGAAGCAGGUCACACCAAGUAUACUUUUCGUCGACAGCGAUGUCGUAUAUAAAGGCAAGACAGUUUCAACGGCGCAGAAGCUCGAUGAUAUACUCCUCAGGCUCGAAGGAUCCAUCCGACCCCAGGUCAUUGUCAUACCUGUCACACCCAAGCAAUCCAAGUUCCCGAGCAUCCACGACUUCCUCCAGAAAUCGAACCCGACCGAUGAGCUUACCUUCACCCGUGUCCCCUUCAACUACCCUCUCAUGAUCUGUUACUCUUCUGGGACGACAGGAGUGCCGAAAUGCAUAGUCCACCGGCACGGCCUGAUCAUGCAAGUCAAGAAGAUCUCGGUCCUUCACAAUUCCUUGGGACCCGGGGAUGUCAUCAUGCAAUAUUCCAGUACUUCCUGGGUUGUCUUCUAUAUCAUGUGCGGUCAUCUGUCGGCCGGUGCGACGCUGGUGGUAUACAAUGGCAGUCCCCUAUUCCCGGACGCGAAGCAGCUUCUCCGGAUAUGCGAGAGGUACAAAGUGGCGUUCCUAGGCGCAUCACCCCGGCUGUUUCUGGAAAUCGAAAUGUCCAAAACAAUCCCCAAGAGAGAAUUUGACCUGUCAGCCUUGAGGACGGUCUACACCACAGGCGCACCGUUGUCAGUUGAACAAUACAAAUGGUUCUACCGUGUAUUUCCGUCUGCAGUCGAGAUCUGCAACGCAGCAGGGGGGACUGACACAGCCACGUCCCUCCUCUCUCUGGAUCCAUGCGGGCCCGUCUACGCAGGUGAGAUGCAGGUUCCAGCUCUAGGCAUGGACGUCGACAUUCUCGAUCCCGUCACUGGUGAGUCGAUCGCACACACGGGAGAGGCUGGCGAGAUGGUGGUGCGCAAGCCGUUCCCCAGCAUGCCCUGCUUCUUCUGGGGCGAUACAGACGGCAAAAUCUACAAAGCCGCGUACUUUGAGCGGUUCGACAAUGUCGACGUCUGGGCCCAGCAUGACUGGCUGAGCAAAAACCCGAGGACGGGAGGGUACACGAUGCACGGUAGGAGUGAUGGCGUUCUAAAUCCUUCGGGCAUCCGCUUCGGGAGCGGCGAGAUCUACGCGAUUGUCGAAACGCAUCCUUUCACGGAGUAUAUCAGCAACAGUCUGUGCGUGGGUCGGCGAAGACCACAGGACUCGGACGAGCAGGUGUUUCUCUUCCUGGUCAUGAAGCCGGGUUACAGCCUGACCCGAGAACUGCGAGCACAAAUCAAAUCGGCGAUCCGCAAUGGGCUGUCUCCUCGGCAUGUCCCCAAGUUUGUGCUCGCUGUGCCUGAUAUCCCGGUGACAAUCAAUGGAAAGAAAGUCGAGAUUGCUGUCAAGAGUGUGAUCAGUGGGAAGGAUGUGACGCCGAGCGCUACAGUGCAGAAUCCAGACACUAUUGCUUGGUUCAAACGGUUCCGGCUUUUAGAGAGCGAGCCGGCAGAUGCCAGGCUCUAG